AUGUCCGAGUACGUGAACACCAUCUGUAUCGAGCCCAACUACACCCCGCCUUAUCACACCCACUGCGUCACUGCGGGCUGGGGAGCCUUGCAGGAAGGGGCCUUUUUUAGCCCUGAAAUGCCGCACCAUGCAAGUGUGCAGAUCGUGCCAACUUCCGUCUGCGCCGACCGCUACGUUCCUGAGAACGAAACGAAGAGUUUCACCUCUGCUAUUUGCGCCGCUGCUGAGGGCAAGGACUCCUGUCAAGGCGACUCCGGAGGUCCGUUGGCCUGCUUUCAUGAGGGCCACUGGACCCUGGUAGGCGUGGUCUCUUUCGGCGCUGGAUGCGCCAGACCGGAGUACCCCGGCGUCUACAUGCGUGUUAACCACUUCUACGACUGGAUACAGACCGUCAUCGAGACCAACUGA